UGCAAUCAUCACGUCAAUGUGUAUGUCACGCUUGCUUGUUUUUCUUCGUUGUUGGAAAAAGAAAAUAACGUGUAUAAAUGGAAGGCUAGAGUAAGGCAGAAAGCCAUUGUGUUGCUGCUCCCCACUAGCAGAGACUACUGAAACACAGGACUACAGGAGAGGAGGUAGCAUAGCAGGGAUGGCUCGUGGUGCUACGGUCUCUGCCGCUUUGGCAUUAGUUGCCCUCCUCUGCGCCUCUACGACUGCGGCUGCGGAGGCCAGGCAGCCGCCCGUGGUCGGCGGCAUGUCGUUCGACUUCUACAAGCGGAGCUGCCCCAAGGCGGAGUCCAUCGUGCGCAGCUUCGUCAAGAGCGCCGUCCGCAAGGACAUCGGCCUCGCCGCGGGCCUCCUCCGCCUCCACUUCCACGACUGCUUCGUCCAGGGCUGCGACGCGUCCGUGCUGCUGGACGGGUCGGCCACCGGGCCCGGCGAGCAGCAGGCGCCGCCCAACCUCACGCUCCGCCCGUCCGCGUUCAAGGCCAUCAACGACAUACGCGACCGCCUCGAGAAGGCGUGCGGGGCCCCCGUCGUCUCCUGCUCCGACAUCCUCGCGCUCGCCGCCCGCGACUCCGUCGUUGAGUCGGGAGGGCCGAGCUACAAGGUGCCCCUGGGGCGGCGCGACAGCCCCAACUUCGCGACGCAGCAGGACGUCCUGAGCGGGCUCCCGCCGCCGAGCGCCAGCGUCCCCGCGCUCCUAGCUGUCCUGUCCAAGAUCAACCUGGACGCCAACGACCUGGUGGCGCUCUCCGGCGGGCACACCAUCGGGCUCGGGCACUGCACCUCCUUCGAGGACCGCCUGUUCCCGCAGCAGGACCCCACCCUGAACAACACCUUCGCCAGCGGCCUGAAGCGGACCUGCCCGGCCAAGGGCACCGACCGGAGGACGGUGCUGGACAUCCGCACGCCCAACAUCUUCGACAACAAGUACUACGUCAACCUGGUCAACCGGGAGGGGCUCUUCACCUCCGACCAGGACCUCUUCACCAACGCCACCACCAAGGCCAUCGUCGCCAAGUUCGCGCAGAGCCAGAAGGCCUUCUUCCACCAGUUCGCCUUCUCCGUGGUGAAGAUGGGGCAGAUCAACGUGCUCACCGGCUCGCAGGGGCAGAUCCGCAGCAACUGCUCGGCGCGCAACCCCGGCGCCGCCCUGCCAUGGUCCGUCGUGGAGAGCGUCGUCGAGGCAGAGAGCCUCGUCUUCUAGACUACUUCCGGUUGCUCGUACCGUGGACUUGCCGGUGACAGUGGUCGGUGUAAGUGGCUAACGUUGCAGCGCCCGAAGGCACGCGUCUUGGGGAAAUAGAAGUGACCAUGGCACGAAAUCAAAGCCCGUUGUAACAAAAUCUGUCAGCAUGCUUGUCUAGUAAUGCGAAUCCGGUUUCAUGGAUAA